CAAAUGGCUGAACUUCAACAUUUCCACAGGUCAAAGUUCAAUCAGAGUGAACUCUGCAGAUUUGCAACCAGAAGUGAAGUAAACGCGUCUCCUUCCACACAGAAAUAAAUUAGAAGUGAAACCUGGUCUGACGAACACGGGAGGGGUCUCUUAUUCUGGAGCAGAAACAUGUGGUACUUUCUCUACUGAUGGAUGAGACCAUGAACGUCCACAGCAGCACAGACAGCAGCAGUGCUGUCCUGUGUGCAGUUAUAAAAAGGCUGUCGUUGUUUGGACUGUAACUGGACUCCUGCAGGACGAGCUCAGGACCAACUAGACUAUUCUUAGAUCUUUUGUUGUGCUGACGGCCGUCUGGUUCUGCAUCACACUGACGACAUGUGGAAGGUCAAACCUCCAGUUGCUUUUUCUUUGGAGACGAGGUACCGGCCGAUUUUGGAGAGUUUGGUUCCCCCUGACCCUAUGUCCCAGUUCCACCUGAGGAGAGGUUCUCCUGAGGAGGAGUUUCCUGACCUGUGCAGGAACUCUACCUGGAUGGGACGGAUCCUCACACCGGCCAUGUACCGCCGACAGUUCGACCGCUGCACCCACAGCGGAGUUAUCUUCGAUGAUGUCAUCCGCCCGGGCCUCGAGGAACCAGGUGAACCAGGUGAUUGGUCAGGUCCUGUAUCUGUGGGGUGUGUCGCGGGCGACGCCCAGUCCUACAUCCUGUUCUGCGACUUCUUUGACCGAGUCAUCGAGGCGCAUCAUGGACACAAGAUCACCAGCCAGACGCCAGAGAGCGACUUCAACUAUGACAACUUGAAGGGGGGAGAUGACUUGGACAGGUCAUACGCUGUACGCUGUGAGGUGAGUGUUGUUCGAGGCGUUGAAGACUUCUGCUUCCCGACACACUGCAGCCGAGGAGAACGCAGACAGCUCCUCACGCUGGCCAGGAGAGCUCUGCAGCGGCUGGACGAGGAGGAGCUGCCGGGUCGACUCCUCUUACUGGAGGAGCUGAACCAGGAGGAGCAGAGGGAGCUGAACCUGAACCCUCCGUCCUCCUCCCAGCUUCGUACCGGUGUGGCCCGGGACUGGCCCGACGCCAGGGCAGUCUGGGUGAGUAAAGAUGGCAGCCUAGUGGCCUGGGUCAACAUGGAGGACCACCUCAGACUCGUGUCCGCACGAGACGACGCCAACAUCGCAGAGGCAUUUAAAUGCAUCUGCAUCAACCUGCAGAAGCUGGAGGAGUUCUACAGGGAGCUCAGACACCCGUUCAUCUGGAAGCAGCAGCUGGGGUGGGUGUCGAGCUCUCCGGCUGACGUGGGGACGGGUCUGAGGAUCAGAGUCCACCUCAAACUGCGACACCUCCCCAAACACAAACGGCUGCAGGACGUCCUGAAGAGACUGAGGAUCUGCAUGGACAGAACAGAAUCCCCGGAGCUGUAUCGUGUGAGCAACGCGGCGACCUUCGGCGUGAGCGAGGUGGGACUGACCCAGCUGGUGGUGGACGGGGUCAAACUGCUCAUCGCCAUGGAGACGAGGCUGGAGGGCGGCCGAGACAUCCACGAGCUCGUUCCCACACAGAAGUAGAUCUGGAUGAUGACUGGCUGGUGUGAGGAGGAGACCGGAUGGGCCGACCAAUCAGAGACCCUCUGUUAAACUAGGAAAAUAUAAUUCAGUCUGGUUUUAAAUGUCUUCAUCCUGGCUUUUACAGUUCCCAGGAGUAGAUCAUUCAAAAUGAUCAUUUAUUGACAUUCAGUUUAAUUAUAUUGUGAUUAUAUGAUCUUAUCAUGUUGUUUUACACAUUUCUGUUGCUAAAAUAAUUAAUUCAAACAAUAAAAAACGAACAAAACAGUCUGCUGAAGUCUUUAAUUUACAUGUGUGCUGCCAUCAGUUUACUUAUUUUACAUGUGAUUUUGCAUAUAUUUGCUGUAUUGUGAUAUAUACAGAUAUUAGAAAAUAUUAUUACACUUGUGAUGCUCUUUUUAACCAUAUAACAGCCCUACCCAGUAUACAUGGAGCCUGAUUGAAGGAAACUUACACAACAAGAGCAUUCAGCACAUUAAACAACUGGAAACUCUUCUGUUGGAAAAAAAACAAAAAAAACAAAUCAUGAUUUCAGUGAUAAACAGCGUUUCCCAAAUUGGCUGAUGUGUUAAAAAUAAAUAAAACUACAACUGGUCAUAAUGAAGCAUCUGUGUUUCAGUACACUUCUUUUAACAUCUUUAACAUAAUUUAAUUAGUUACUUCACUGUCCAUGAAAUUAGUAAAACAGGAACAGGAAAUUAAUUGACCAGAAUCUGAAUUGUCCUUUAAUUAAUGAACAUUUUGUUUAAGAAAACUAUCUAGAGCUCCAGGAGAAGAGGUUCCUCUUCACUGUGAGCCUAUAACUAGAAUAACAUCACACAAGCAGGUGAUUAGAUGGUAUCCAGCUAGCAGGCUAAGCAAACUUUCACUGCCAUUGCAUGAACCCCGAGCCCUUUAACAUUAGUUUAUUAUUCGCUAACAUUAUUCGCUGUUCGCAGUAGGUGGGUUUUUGAGUUAAGUGAUUGUGGCCAGCUGUGAGCGACCUGAUUAUUGGUUCCCCUUUUUCAGCUAUCCAUAGCUGUUGGGCGCUGCUGUUUAUUUUUAGUUCAUGCAAAAAAUUACAAAGAAAUGGCCUCACAGUCGUGUCAUUUUUGUGGGGGCAUCAUGGAUCCCCGCGAUGGCCAUCGUGAAUGCCCUUCUUGUCUGGGCAUUGCACAUUUAUUAGAAGAUAUUGAGAACCCUUGUGGGGCAGCAGUUGAGCUGCCUGUGGACGAGUGCUUUCAAAGAGCCAGACGGGUGGAGCAGUCUGUUCACGCUGGGGCGGCGCAGCCUCCACCCACCCAACUAAGUGAUGGGUGAUGUCAGGUUUAAGCACCUAGAACAUUUAAAAUCAUACACAAGGAAAGAAAGACAAAGGCGUUAGUUAAGUUUUACUCGCGAGGAGAGCAAGCAUAGAUGCAUUCAGUUACAUCUCCUACUCGCUCUGAAGUGCAUCUAUGCAGCCUCCUUUCUUUAUUCAGUUUAGGGAGUUUUCCCUGUUACAUAGUUUGCUAAGGAGUGGGGGAAGUAUAAGGCAUCUAUUAUGACCAGACAAUACUUUUUCCCUUCACUCUGAUUUAACUCUAUAAAAUCCAUAUGUAUUGCUUGAAACGGAUACUGUGGUGAAGGGAAACGCCCUCUUCUAGGUCUUAAGUUUCCCUGAGGAUUGUGCUUAGCACAGGUCAGGCAUGCUCUACAAAAAUUCUUUGAAUAAGAGUUAAAUCCGUAGGUUGUGUAGUGUUGGUUUAUCUGUCCCACCAUCCCUCCUUUUGAGACAUGUGUAACACCAUGGCUCAAUAUUGCAGCCCAUUUGUACAGGUUGUGUGGAAGGAUGGGUUUAUUCUCUGGUACAUAGAUGUUAUUUCGUAUUUGUGCGCCGUGUUAUACCCAGAAGUCCUUUUCCUUUUGUGGUGCUUGUUGUUGCAUGUCUUUGAGUGUUGUAUCAGUCAUAUCAGUGUCCGAGGUCAGCAUAAGCACUUUUAUCUGUCCUUCGGCUGCCUGUUUAGCUGUUUUGUCUGCAAAUGCAUUCCCUAUUGAUACUUGAUCUUUCCCUGAGGUAUGAGCUGGACAUUUACAGACCGCGAGGUGUUUUGGUAACUUUACUGCCUUGAGUAAGUUAGAUAGGAUGUUUGCAUGUGUUACUGGUUUCCCUGUGGAUGUGACCAUCCCUCGAUUUUGCCAAUAUUGCGCAAAAGUAUGGACCGUAGCAAAGGCAUACUGAUGUUACUAUCUGUAUAGAUAGUAACAUCUUUAUUCUUCAUUAAUUUACAUGCCUCCGUUAAUGCCACUAGUUCUGCAGCUUGGGCAGAGUAGUGUGAGGGUAAUUGUUCUGCUUUUAAUACCUUAUCUUUGGUCACUUUUCAUUAAUGCACAAUAUUAUUUGUUUUAUAAUAUUUUUCACUGUAUCACUUAUUAAUGGAACAUUAAUACUGGCCACUACAACAGCCACCAGUUACUCAAAGACUUAAAUCUAGAUGAAUCAAUACUCUCAGUUUAAAACACAUUCAGACCUAUGCAGGUGAAUAAUAAGUCAUUCUGUAUUUUCAAUGUGUGCACCUGUUCACAGUUGGAGAGAAAAGUUUGAAUACCACAACAGACAGAUAAGCCGGGUUUCUAGUAUUGGAGGUUUACUGCUUCUGCAGCUUCUGCAAGGUCAAAAUGUUCUACCAAAGUGAAAUAUCAUUAUAAAAAGAAGUCAAAUAAAAGUCAUACAACCAAUGUUUUAAGCAUUAUUUACAAGCAUGAAUAAGCAUCAGCGCUAUCAUUUUACUGUCACCUUUAUUAAUGAUGUCAUACUACUCAAAGUAAUAUAUAUAUGCUGUUAGAAAUGAUUUACUACAACCCUUGUGGGUGAUAUCUUGGAACUUCAAGGUGCUAAAAGAUCACAGAAACUCAAUUACAACAGGAACAUAAACCAUUUCAGUUUGCACACAUACAAAGUUUUGCCUUCAAACCACAGUUUUCUUGAGGCGACUACAGAGCUACAGAAUAUUACUUUGGAUAUCUCUAGUUUACCAUAAACACUUGCUCAGACGUUGGUCAACUUCCCAUAUGCUUUCUUCAUCACUUUCAUGAAUACGUUCCCCCAUUACAACUUAAUCCUAUCGUCUGUCUUGGCUUUCACAUCUCUCUUGAAGAUUCUGCUCAGUCUGACUGGUAAACUUACGACUACAAUCAACUAGCCUAGAUGUUGUCUAGCUUUAGAUUUGGGACUGAAAAGUAAUCAAGAAGACAGCAAAUCCAAAGACUAAGCACGCAAAUCUCUCAUUCUUAAUCCUAUGAACCCUCCACAACAUGCUACUUUCUAAAGAAAAACACUUCUUUCAAUAUUAAUACCGUCCAAACGUUCAACUAUUAACUGUCACAGUGUGAAGCUCAUAAGCUUUUCUGUUUUUUGUUUUGUAUGACUUGCUCCGUAUUAAAUAAGUAUUCCACUGAGAAACUAACAAGUCUCAUUCAUCAAUCAUUUGAAUAAUCAAAAUUUUUGUAUGUAUUUUGAGUUCAGGUAAAGAGUUAAACUAAUUCAAAAUCUACAUUCAUAAAAUACCAAUAUAUAACUUUAGAGCAGAAGAAUGUGUAGUGUUAACAUGAACAUAAGCUAUAACUGAUAUAACACUCAAACAGCAUUGCCCAUGUUCAGUCAUUUCAAGGUAGAAAUGACACUCACUGUGCCAAUUUCAUUAAAAUAUGCCAAGUCUCUCUCAACCAAUUAACCACGUUUUAAAAUAGAAAGGACACUUUGACUACAUUUUAAAGUUCACCUUUAUGAAACCAAGAAAAUGCAACAAUCUGGCAGCUUUUCUAAAAA